CGUGAUCAGCAGAGAUCACCAAUGGUACAUAAUUGAAAAUUGAAAUAGAUUAAAGAAAUAUAGGUAAAAUAAAUUUUGUAUUUGUGAUAGAUGGUGGAUUGGUUGCUCAAACUAACAAACCUAAAACAAUAAAUAAUGUCGGGCGGCCACAAACACCGUUAUAAGAAUGCAGGUCUCAGUGCUGAUGAGCUUAGGCGUCGUCGCGAGGAGGAAGGAGUGCAGCUACGAAAACAGAAGAGGGAACAACAACUGCUUAAAAGGAGAAAUGUGAAUCUCCCCGCGCCAGAUGCAUCUGAUGCUUCAUUACAGGAUGACAUAAACCUUUCACCAUCUGAGGACAUCACACCGCAGAUGGUGGCGGCGCUAAACGGAGAUAAUCCACACGACCAAGUGAUAGCGACACAAACGUUUAGGAAACUCUUAAGUCGAGAGCCCAACCCUCCUAUAGAUGAAGUGAUUCGAACUGGAAUUGUUCCUAAAUUUGUUGAAUUUCUAACAAAUAGUGCUAAUCCCACAUUACAGUUUGAAGCGGCUUGGGCGCUCACGAACAUAGCGUCUGGUUCGUCAGAGCAGACGCGCGUAGUAGUCGAGUGUGGGGCGGUACCGGUACUCGUGUGGCUCGUGAGCUCUGGCGCUAGUGAUGAUGUUAGGGAGCAAGCGCUAUGGGCGUUGGGCAACGUGGCGGGUGACUCGCCGCGAUGCCGCGACACGGUGCUCUCGGCGGGGCUGCUGCCGCCGUUGUUAGAAAUAUUAAAUAAGUAUUCAAGAUUAUCCAUGACCAAAAAUGCUGUGUGGACGUUGUCAAACUUAUGUAGAGGGAAGAACCCGCCAACAAACUUCGAAGCCGUAGCUCCAGGUAUUCCAGUAUUAGCGAGGUUGCUUCACCACACAGACGCGGAGGUGCUAAGUGACGCCUGUUGGGCUCUCUCAUACUUAUCUGACGGACCAAAUGAGAAGAUUCAAGCCGUUAUUGAUGCUGGCGUGUGUAGACGACUUGUUGAAUUGCUUAUGCACAACAAAUACACGGUGGUGUCUGCCGCGUUGCGCGCGGUGGGCAACGUGGUGACCGGCAACGACGAGCAGACGCAGGCGGUGCUGAACUGCGCGCCGCUCGCGAGCCUGCACGCGCUGCUCAAGUCCAGCACGGAGGCGCACCGCAAGGAGGCGUGCUGGGCGCUGUCCAACAUCACCGCGGGCAACGCGGCGCAGAUACAGGCUGUAAUAGACGCAAACAUUUUCCCAACUCUGAUAGACAUACUGAGGCACGCAGAGUUCAAGACGAGGAAAGAAGCCGCGUGGGCCAUCACUAAUGCGACAAGUGGAGGGACCCACGCGCAAAUCAGCUAUCUCGUCGAACAAGGCUGUAUACCGCCCCUAUGCGAUCUAUUAACUUUGACGGACGCGAAAACGGUGCAAGUAGCUCUUAAUGGACUUGACAAUAUAUUGAAAACAGGACUAAAAUCUGACCAACGCAAUAACCCAUAUGCUGGACUCAUUGAAGAAUGUUUUGGCUUAGACAAGAUAGAAUUCCUGCAAUCCCACGAGAACCUCGACAUAUACCAGAAGUCGUUCGAAAUAAUCGAGAACUACUUCGGCUCGGAGAAUGAAGAUAGUCGACUGGCGCCAGAAGUGUCCUCUACCACGGACCAGUACACGUUCAGCGCGGACCAGUCCGUGCCUAUGGGCGGAUAUCAGUUCUAGACGAGCGGCGACUCGUAUUGUGCAAUGCCUAUCGAGGGAAGGUGACUAAAAUGGCUUCCGCAACUUAAACAACUACACCAGAGUGUAAUUAUAUUUUGCACCAUUAUGAAGUAGUGUAGAUUGUGUUAAUUAUAUAUAUGUCUAAAUUUAUUAACAUAAACCUCGCCUCUUAUAUUCUUUUCGCAAUUGUAGAUAACGGCAUAUCUAGUUCAAUUAUUUUAUUGUAAUGGUAUACAUUACGUUGGCCACGCCAAUCCUUAUUUGAACCUUUACCUUAUAUAAUUAUAUUACCUAUGUAUUGUUAUGUGAUAGACAACAAACUUUAUUCGUUAUAACGUAUUAAAGAUUGGUAACCGUUUGUUUUUGUUGUUUUUUUAACUGCUUUAAUUUUUAAUAUUCAUCACUCAAAUAUUUUAUUGGAAAUCAACUGGGACGUCAUGAUACAAUUAUAGUUUAUAUUUUACUUUCAUCUCAUGAAAUAAAGACGUGCAGUUAUA